AUGGGUCUUUGUUCAUUGUUCUUAAACUCUGCUAGGAGGAAUAUCUUGGAAUUAAAUGACACAGUAAUGGAUGCUGGAGAUGAACCAGGACAGCUCCUCCUUUCAUCCAAAACAUCGCUUCCACCAAUUAGAAUCCCACCCGAUUACCCACAAAGAGUUGAUUGGAGAGAGAAGAAGGGAGCAGACCAAGUGUUGAACCCAGUGAGAAACCAAAAGGCUUGUCAGGCAUGUUGGGCUCUGGUCACUGUUGUGGUGCUUGAGAGUGUGAGAAAAAUACGAUUUGAACAAGAAGAAUUGAAACUUUUGUCUCCACAAAUGCUCAUUGACUGCGUUUGCGAAGAUCCUCCAGCGGAUAAAAUAGAUACUAAGACUGGAUGUUAUCCCUAUGCUGUCAACAAGGCCUUUGACUGGUUGAUAAAAAACUCGGUACAAUCUGAAGCUGAUUACCCUUAUGUUGCCACGAGAGGAAAGUGCUUACAUGUUGCAGUGCCUAAAGAAAGUUUGAAGAUAAAAAAAUAUGUAAAGAUAAAAGGUCAUGAGCGGACAAGACUUCUUAAACAUGUUGCUCGGCAUCCUCUAGCAGCAGUUAUUGAGAUUACUAAGGAAAUUUUGACUCUAAAUGAUCAAGUUUAUGAAGGCCUUGCUAUGAAACCUCAAGAAGAUCCACCGAGACAUGCUGUUGUUAUUAUCGGGUAUGGUAAAGAUGAGGAGACUGGCAAAAACUAUUGGUUGAUUCAGAGCUCGUGGGGAGAUGAAUGGGCAAUUGGAGGAGUGGGAAAAGUGGCCAGAGAUGUCAAGGCAAAUGUUGAGAUGAGGGGUCUCUUUCCUUAG